GCGAGCAAGAAGGCGGGGGGCAGCACUUCGAACGGUCGCGACUCCGCGGGUCGUCGCCUCGGGAUAAAACUCUACGGCGGCGAGCACUGCAAGGUCGGCUCGAUCAUCGCGCGGCAACGAGGGACGAAGUGGUGGCCUGGCCAUAACGUCGGCAUCGGCGUCGAUCACACGAUCUACGCGCUGAUCCCCGGACGCGUGCACUUC